UAAUCGCAAUGACAUUCGGUACAAGCAGGACACCCUUUAAAAAUAUUGCUUAUAUAUUAAAUCUUUUUGUCGAUACUAGUACCAGAUUAAAUAAAAUAAAAUUGCGCAUUAUCAGAUGAAACCGUGUAAAUUUGCAGAUAUAGCACGGACGCGCACCAAAAUGAUGUUUUAUCGGCAGUGUCGGAAAAUGAACGUAGUACUAAUUUCGAAAAUGGAUGUACUGGCGCUAGUGUACAGGGGCUUUCGACCGUCGACGGUCCCAAGCUCCCACGAGGCACGAAAAAGACCGGGAUAGCCAGUUUACUCUACUUAACCUGUGUACAUAUAUUUCAGCAUUUUUAGGAAUAUUAACAAGUGUAUAAUUAUAUUAACAUGACUACGCCAGUAUUAACAAAGAAGCAGCAGAGGCACAGCUUGUCAGCUAAAAAAGGGCCUGUUAAGGGCUUACGGAACAUCUUGGCACAGCCUAAUUCGAACUUCUGGCCAGUCAUCAAUGUAAAUCAGUAUACGGAGUUGACGAAGAACUUAAAUACGAUAUUACCGUCAAUCAAACAGACUAGUAAUAGAAUUUCUAAACAUGUGCUUAAAAAUCUGUCAAAAGAAGAUCGUACGUUAGCUAGGAGAGAAAUGUUAGAAGCGGCAUCUCCAAAGCCUGAUAUAUUGAAAUUUAUGAUUAUGGGUAUCAAUGUAGUUACUCGAGCCUUAGAGAAGGACAAUGUAUGUUGCGUCUUAUUAGACGCUAAUGUUGAACCGCCUCUAAUAAUAAAACAUAUUGUUACUAUGGCGGUGAACAAGAAAAUACCUGUUCUUCUACUACCGAUUCUGAAAAUAGUCACAUUAGAAAAAAUGGGAUUUACCGCAGCAGCUUUUGCUUUAAAGCAAGAGGUGAAGCAAUGUCCAGAUAAUGUUUGUCAUCCAUUGUACAAAUCGAUAGCAGAGGCUUUUGAAGACUUUGAAGCGCCAGAGUGCUUGCUCCAACGUUUUGAACUCGACGAGACAUCUGAUAAGAACACAAUGUGUGAAGCGAAGACCACAGGCAUGGAUUGUGAUACAGACCCAAAGAUUUCUAAGCCAGAAAAAUCUGUUACAGUAUUUACAGAUGUAUAUAAAUAUAGAUCUUCGCGAGACAAGAGGGCUUUCAUACCGCCAACUGUCAGCAAAAGUUCUCAAGUCUCUCAAACACCAUCGGCUGAAUUUAUUGCUUUAGACAAUGAUCCUGAUCCUGUCAAUGAUAAAAAUUGUACAACUAUAGUGAAGAGUAAAAGAUAUGUAAAUAUCAGCAAAGAAGAAAAACAUACAGAAGAAUCUGAAAAUAUAGAAAAGAAUCAGUCUUUUAAUAAAUCGAAAUCAAUCGAUAAUAAUUCAGAUUCAAUAAAACACACAAAAAAUUAUACAUUAAAAAGACGCAGAAAUGACCAACCUAAUUAUUUAUCGUUAAAACUAAAACGUAUACAAGGAAAUGAUAAACGAACAAAAGCAACUAAAUUAGCUAAGAAAAAGCGAUAGAGGUACUUGACAGUUUACUAGUAAAGUAAUUGUCUAUCUAGUGAAUAAAAUUCAAAUUUUGGAUACGAUUUUCAGGAUCCUGUAUAUAAUAAGGAAUUUUGAGUGGAAAAAUAAUCCAAUGUGUGGACAAGAAUAAAAAAUAUAUAACAAAUCUCAGAUAAUUGGGUAAAAAUAAAUUGUGAUAUUGGAAGUAAAAAAAAUUACAUUGCUUUUGAAAAUCCAAAAAAUAACAAUUCCAAUCAGUUUUCCAAAUCAGAAAUGUUAGCGAGUGUGAUUACACUCAUCUUAUUUUACGUUAAAUAAUUGUUAACAAACGUUGCCUUCGACACUGAAAUAUCUAACAAAUAAAUUCCUAUCUUUGAAGGAUUGCUUAAUGGUAAACUUGACUUCACAGAUGAUCUAAACAUUCUUGUAAAGAACAUGAGACCAGUUGUUCCUCCUGGUAUAUGACUUAUUAGAAAGGAU